AGGGUGGAGUUUCCCGGAUUUCCUUUGCAGUGUGUGUGGGCGAUAGAGGGCGUGUCUCGGAGAAGGUGGAGUCUCUGGAAAAGGCGUGGCCGUGACGGGGUGGAUGCGCGGGGAGGACAGUGUUCAGUAGCCGGGGCUGAGGCGCACGAAGUGCUGCUGUGUGUCUGUCCGCUGUCUGUCUGUCGGAGACGUGUUACGAGUCCAGAAGGAGGGCUGGUGAAUCUCCAGGGUGUGCACCUAGGAGGAUAUAACCUCAGAGCCUACGAGUCUGAAGAGUAGAUUGGAUUGAUUCAGCAGUCGCUUCUCAGACAUAUGGAGCUGCUGAAGAACAUCUUUGAAUAUUGUCACGCUCAACACUGCAGCUGUGCAUGAAGGACGUGCUGUGCCCGGGGGGAAGGAUCCAGAUCUGUGCCAGGCUACACCAUCAUUAAAUCCCACAGCAGCCGGAUCUACUUCCAGACACUGUCCUGCUCGCCUGGCCUUGCUUCUCUUUGCCUUUCCCUCCCUGCUGGAAUAUCCAUACAUUAUCCUGAUGGGGUAACGUGAUUGGGCCCAAAGCAUCCCGUUCAUUUCAUAGGAACUCCUGCAGGUCCUGAUGUAAGGAAGGAGGACGUUUGUCACAUGGGAUAUUUCUAAAGAACUUGCUCCACAGAUUUCUUAUAAAGAAAAACAUUCACUACUAACAAGUGCAUUUUGUUUCACACACACACACGUGGGGGUUUCACUAUUUUUCUUUUUUGUGCUUUUGUUGUGUAAAGACAGCUGAUACUGUAGAGUCCCUUGAUCAUUUUGCACAAUAUUUUGUUUUUUAUAUAUAAACCUCACCUUUUUUUUUUAUUGUUACUGUGUGAUCAUGGCUCGUAUCAAUCGUCCUGCCCCAGUGGAGGUUUGUUACAAGAACAUGCGCUUCCUGAUCACCCACAAUCCUACCAACGCAACGUUAAAUACCUUCAUCGAGGAUCUGAAGAAAUAUGGUGCGACCACAGUGGUGAGGGUGUGCGAGAUUACAUACGAUAAGACUCCCCUAGAGAAGGACGGCAUCACUGUAAUGGACUGGCCAUUCGAUGACGGGGCACCACCUCCCAGUAAAAUUGUCGACGACUGGUUGAAUUUACUGAAGACGAAAUUCUGUGAAGAUCCCGGCUGCUGCGUAGCUGUUCAUUGUGUGGCUGGUUUGGGAAGGGCGCCCGUCCUGGUGGCUCUUGCACUUAUCGAGAGUGGGAUGAAAUAUGAAGAUGCCAUUCAGUUCAUCAGACAGAAGCGCCGGGGGGCCAUUAACAGCAAGCAGCUGACGUACUUGGAGAAAUACCGGCCCAAGCAGCGGCUCCGAUUCAAGGACCCUCACAACCACAAGAACAAAUGCUGCAUCAUGUGACCGCCGUGUGCCUUGCCAAAGCACAUACACCCAGGGCCCUCAUCCUCCUCCUCUUCCUCCUCCGAAACACACAGGGUUUUUACUAUGAAGUCGGUGGACUGUGUCGAACCAUGAACUGCCGCUUGGCUCCUCAAUCACCAAAUGUCGUACAGAAUAAAGGAUAAGACUGUAUUUAUCUAAGACUUUUUUUUUUUUUUUUUUAAUAACUCUCCCGAUUUGUAUCCGGUUUAUCACUAUUCAGCAGUUUAGACGACGAGUGAAGAAAAAGAACCCAGAAUGAGCCUAGAGGGGAGGGGGUAAAAUAAUUUCAUUUUUCUAUACGUAUAUAUACCUUUUUUUUCCCCCUUUCUUUCCUGCAAAUGGUUUUCUCCAGAGCAUUGUUACGUAUUUGCUGCGUCCGGAAUCAAGUGUAUUUCCUAGUGGUGAGUUUUUGGAAACGUAUUAGCCGGGCAUUGCCCCGUGUAAGAUUAUUAUUUGUUCCUGUGCCGUGCUCCUUUAUUUCUUACAAUCCCGGCACCUCCAGGAAAUCCUUCGCUUGCUUCGACUGCUUUAUAAGAAGUAACGAAAACCCUGGGCUCGGCACUCGCCCCGAGCUUCGCACUGUUUCACGCGCCUGUAACAAACCAAAAGUGGGAUUUGCAGGUAUCCGUUUGAGAAAAGAAUGAACCUUCUGUGUAUCGUCAUGCAAUAGUCACUGGGGGUCAUUUAUCAACACUGGGUAAAUAUCCCCCAUGGGCAGUAACCCGUGGCAACCAAUCAGAUUGUUGCAUUCAUUGUUCUACUUGCAGCUGGUUUCAACCGAUUGGUUGCUAUAGGUAACUGCCCAUGGGCAACUUUGCCCAGUGUUGAUGAAUGAGCCCCACAACCCUGCGCAAGAGCAGCUUCAUGGGUUUUUAUUAUGAAAUCAAAAUGGAGGUGAUAACGGAGCCAUUGCCUUUAAUGAACGUUAUGACCUUCUCUUGUACACUCUCUGUAGAAUUUUUUAAACUUUAAACGACGCAUCCUCUCCGUGAAACAGAAGGCGACUGCGAGGGCUUCGAGGGAAAUCAAUUACUUGUUUCCCUUUUCUAUUUCAUAUGCUGUUUGGUGGUUCCGUAGCCCGAAUUCUGUAGAACCUGCGUCAAGCACUUGCCUGUAACAGGGUCCGAUCUACCUCUCCCUGCAGAGGGUUACGCAACUCGCCUUCAGUUUAAAGAUGUUGUGAAGAAACCUGCAUGAAAUCUGUACGACUGUCAGACGAAUGUUCUAUAAAACAUAUUUUUUUUUUUUUUUUUUUUUUUAGGAUUGCAGAACCAGCUAACCAAUAAAAUGUCUGCUUUAUGCCUUA